AUGCGUGCUAAAGACGCCGUUCUGAUAGAUGAACGACGUCGGGUACUGACGUUUUUCUGUCCAUGCAGCUCCAACUGCAGCUGUAAAGGAUUUCGACCGAAAAAUGAGAACACAUAUGGUAGAAAACCUUCCAGAGAGACAAAAAUGGUUUCGAUAUAUUUUUCGAAAAAAAAUACUUAGUUAGUUUCAAUUUAGGAACCGAGAGUCAUAGACAUAAGCGGCAGUUUCGAUGAUGGCGAAAUGACGCCGUUGGAGGUUUUUUUUUUGUUUUGUUCGCUUUUAAAUGUUUAAAUGCAUUUUUCAGAUAGAACUGGAUAGAUUGUUGAGAGUAGAAGACAACGCAUGUGCCGCGUGUGGACAUUCUAUAGGUGAUAGUACUUAUUUUCAGAGAGUUAAUAUAUGAAUAUAGGAGAUCAUUCCGAUAAAAUCCAGCAAAUGAGCGAGAAGGACGUUGAAAAGUUUCACCAGAAGUUACAGGACAUAAAACAGUGCUGUUCAAUGUUGUCCUAUGUUGAACCGGAACACGAGUCUCUAUAUGUUAGUCUUGAGAAGGCCUCUCAUGUCUCCCAAUUGAAUUUUCAAGGUUCUUUACAACACGAUGCAACUGUUAAUGAAGUCGCUGCGUUGUCUGGAGGUCAGAACUGGCGUUCCCUCUUUCGGAGAGCCGAAUUUCGAGCCAACCAGUCCAAGUCCUUUGAACAUUGUCAGCGCUUAUCUGGAAGCCGAGUUCAAUGAAGCAAACGUCGAGUCGGUUUUUAUAAAAAUAAAAAGUUGAUAAAAUUGGUUGUGGAAAAUAUUUGAAAAGAGGCGGGUAAAUCGUAAAAGUUUAUAGUAGUGAAAUUAAUGGGCCAAAAGAUUCUGAAUAUUUUCGGAUUUUAAUUGUAAAUAUUGAUCAAAAAUGCACUGUGAUGAAAAAAAAAUGUUUGCUUUUAACUUCUCUUUUUUUAAAUUGCAAGGACUUCUAUGCAAAAGGCUUUCUUCACGAAGAAUUAUCUGGGUCUCAAUGGAUGAAAAUAUCUUCAGCUCCCACAAAUAAAAAGUCUGCUUUCAGGGUGAAAAGACUGAAAGCAGAGUACGGAUCGAUUAUUUUGUCCGAAAUGAAUUUUUGGAAUUUGCCGUCAUACGACGAGUUCUGCAAAAAAGGUAUGGACACCUGAAUUUUUAGUUUUUUUUUUUUUGCGUUUGAAAGGAAGACAAUCAUGAAAGAGUAAAAGUUUGGAAAAAAAGCGCGAUUUUCGAUUUUUUAUUGAAAGUAUGGUAAUCAAUAUUUUCUUUGUUUAGCAAUCGACUAAUCUCGAAAGUCCCAAUUUUUUGACGAGUUCUAAAUCGAAUUGUUUCGGUUAUGAGCCGUUGAACCCACUUGAUAUCGAUAACUUUGUUUUUUAAAAAAAGUAUAUUUUUCUUCAGUGGAAAAAAUUGAGCGAAGUCGCUACCGUAUGCUCUUCACACGCUGGGAGUAUUACAUAAACAUGCCGACGAAAUUUUGCACCCUGACGCAAUUUCAAGCCGUCAAAAUCUUCGGCAGAAAGGCGCUUUUGCAUUUCCUCAACUUCUUGGUCAACACGGCCAACGACACUUUUGUCCCUGUUACAAUCACGCAGAAAAAGUUUCAGGAGGUGAGAAUAAUCCUGAUUCGAAAAGAAUUAGAAAGAAAUUUUCAGAUCAAACACUCUAUUACGGACUUUGCCGAAAAAUUGAUGCAGUUUGUGAAUGAAGGCGGCGACGUUGAUAUUUCCACAAAGUCUGGUCCAGUUUUCGAAGGACUCAGGUAGAAAUCGCCAGAAAUUGCAAGGAUUACUCUUUUUCCUGUAGAUUCGAAAAGAAGGAGAAGUUAUCAACGGAAGAUGGUCCGUCGACGUCUUCAAAGGCUUCAGAAGCCGAAGCGAAGCCGUUGGUGCCAAGGAACCGGAAGAAAAAGGAGCGAGGAUCGGACGAUGAGGUGCUUCGAAAAAGAAUCUGUGGAAUCAGGCUCAUAAAUAAUAAAAAUGAUACGUUGGUCGAGUAUUUAACCGGCAUUUUUUCUCAGUAAUUUUUUUCUAUGAAUUUGAACGAAAUCAGCGCACUUUUGAAUGGUUCAAAAGGGUUUUCAUUCUUCUCAUCUCGAACUAAAAAUAAGAAAGGAAGUAUCUAAUUUGAACUAGAUGCCAAUAAGAUCUAUACGAAAGAAAGAGACGGUAACUUUAACUAUUCGGAAGUCUCUGACCUUUCUGCUUCACUUUUUCCCUAAACGGCAAGGUCAUUGAGAAAUGAAAAUAGCACGUAGAAAAAGUAGUUUUUGUCAUUUCCCGUUUCUUCUGAUUUGUUAAAUUCAAAUAGCUGAAUUGCGAAGCGGCCACUAAAAGGCAAGGCGGACCAGAAACGAGUCACACGUUGAGGCAUUGGAAAGUGCGCGUCAGGUGUUAAUCUCAAGUUAGUAAUCAAACUCUGUCCGCGUCUUUUUGAGCCAUUCCACAUGCGGCCAUGACGUCACAAAUUAUUUGAAUGAUGUAUACACUGCACCUAAAACCAAAUGAAAGGAAAUUUUUCGAAAUCGCCUGAAAAAAAGAAAGAAUCGCACAUACGAGAGUUUCAGCGUUCUCAGAGCGAUCCAGACUACACAGCCAAGCUGAAAACGGUCGUUUGGCUCACUUCCAAGGUUUAUUUUCCUGUUGGAAACGUUUUAGUAUAGCGAUUUGUUUCAAAGGAGAACAACGAGAUGGAAACGAGUGAUACUGUGGAUUCGAUAGCCGUCGACGUGGAGCGAAGUCGCGCGGCUGUCAGAGAAGAACACAACGGCCUCAUUCAGUUCGUUCAUUUCCUCUGGUUUUUCUUCUGAAUCUCAUAAAAAGAGUAUUUUAUCAAAAAUAACUUGAGACAUUGGAAUAAUAAUAACAAUAAAUCAACUCGAACAUUCAUCGGUAUGAUUAUGUUUGUUGGUAGCCAAAAUGCCACCAAGAUGUUUCGAAAUGGCGAAAAUCGCCCUGAAGGUUUUCAGACAUUGCGCGGGACCAAUGGAGUUUUUGCUCCUCCUUGAGUGAAUUUUCUUUUUUUUUUAUUAUACAGUUCUGCGAGAAACGCCUUUUCUACUGGGAAACGCAUGACGAAUAUUCUAUUCAUCUAGACUCUCAUUUAUUGGGCUUUUUUGAAGGUUCCGGAUUAUCGGCAACGACUUGGAUCCUUUCCAAGAAAGAGAAAAACUCGCCUACCUGGUCCAGCUCCAAACUCUUUUCUCAGUUCAACUGCCGAAAAUGCCAAAGGAAUACAUCACGCGGCUCGUUUUCGAUGAUCGACACCAGAAUAUGGUCAUCGUCAAGAAAGGUAUUGGAAAUGUUGUGCUUCAACUUUGUGAACUCUUUAUGAUUUGGAACCAUAUAUUUCCAAUCUUUUAAAUUGAUAAUGCGAAGCCGUUAACACUAAAAAUGUCAAUUAUGUUGAAAUGUAAUAAUGUUUAAAAAAUAUAUUGAAAGAAAUCAUUGAAAAAUACACUGCCUGGAUAAUUAAUUUUGAAAAAAACUUCACUAAAGUCUCUAAGGUUUAAGCCCAUUUUGAACCAACUGAAUGAAGUCAGAAAAUGAUUUUUUUUUUUCAGACAAAGGGGUGAUUGGCGGAAUCUGCUUCCGUCCUUUUCCUUCUCGAAGUUUCGUCGAGAUUGUUUUCUGCGCUAUCACCGCAAACGAACAAGUUUGAGAUUUUCUCAGAAAUUUACGGCAUAAAUUGAACUUUUCAGGUCAAAGGGUACGGAUCUCAUCUGAUGAAUCAAUUCAAAGACUCGCAAAUCAAAUCGAAAAUCUAUCAUUUGCUGACGUUCGCCGACGAAUUUGCGAUUGGAUACUUUUGGUUUGGAACAAUAUUCUCUAACUUCCGAAAUUUCGAUACCUUAAGCAAGCAAGGUUUUUCGAAGAAGCUGGAAAUUCCCGAGAAGAAGUACAAAGGCUUCAUAAAGGACUACGAAGGGGCCACUUUAAUGGGAUGUCAGCUUCAUCCUCAGUUCGUCCAGCCGCAGAUCGGCCGAUUCGAAUGACUCUUUCAGGAUCAGCUACACGAAAUUCGCCUCCUACUCGAAAACUGUGCGCGAUUUGCACGAGGCCCUUUGCCAUUCCAGCGGAAUCGCCAAUGGAAGCCGCGUUUACGGCGGCGUCGAGCACCUCUUCAAAGGUUCCAAUCGAACACUUGCGAUAAACUUCCUGAAAUACAGAUAUGCCUUACCCGACUGCCUGGAAGAAGAUUCCGGGACUGGAAAAUGCGAAAAUCUACGAAAUGCCUGAAGUCGAGGAGGACUUGGAGGCCAAAAUCAGCGAGAUUAUCAAGAAAUUGAGAGAUGAAGAUUACGCCUGGCCUUUCAGGGAGCCCGUGAAAGCAGACGAGGUAAAAUGGGAAAAAAUAGAAUAAAUUCCAUCUUUAGAUUCUUGAGUAAAGAGUUUUUUCCGACAAAAGAAGCUUUUUUUGAGGAAUUUACCAAAACGCUUUCAAAAGAGCGCUAUUGUUCUGAAUUAAAACUAUAACUUGAUAUUUUUCAGGUCCCGGAAUAUUACGACUAUAUCAAGUUCCCGAUUGAUUUGAAAACAAUGAAUGAGCGGCUGAAGCGGAGAUAUUAUACUCAUGUAUUUUUCCAGUUCUUGACGAAAGAAAUCCUUCUAAUUUUCAGCAACAUUUGUUCAUCGCCGACCUCAUGCGGAUGUUCAAUAAUUGUUACAGUUUUAAUGGAGUCGAUACUGAUUAUUACCGUUACGGGUUGGUUCAAAAAUAUCUAAAAGGGAAACCUUCUUAGCCCCGGUUGAACUUUUGAUGAAAUUCGGCUGAAAUGUAACUUCAGAACCUCCUGAAUCCAGGAAAAAACAUAAUUCUCGCGAUAGAUCUUGUUUCCGAAUUAUAAAGCUUCGAAUCUCUCAAAUCGCGUUGUUUCUUUCAUUAUUUGUGUAGUUUGCGCAUUUUGAAAACUCGUAACUCGAAAAAAAAAAACUAUCCUUGUUAGUGGAAAUAAAAAUUGUGAUAUAGCUUUUAAAAUUAUUUUUUUUUUAAAUUUAAGUUAGUGCAACUUUUUUUUCUCAUAGCCACUCAGGUAAUACUAGACUAUAAUCACGGCGUUUUUUAUGAUGCCCCGCCCACAAUUUUCGUGAUAUAUGACGUCUUUGGUGCAUACACAGAACGGCGCUAACUGGCAUACUCCAUUGAAUCGAAAAAACAUUUUUGUACAAAAAGUGAUGUAAUAGAUUUUUUUGAGAACUACAGACUUUGAAAAAGUUGAUUCUAGUACACAAGUUGGAUUAUUAAAAUGAUUAAUUCAUUCAAACAAUUAGCGAAAACCGAAAGUAAUGCGAUUAGGGAGAAGAAAAAAAAACCUAAAAGCUUUUUUGAUUAUUCUUUGGCUUUCUCACACUCAUGAAAGCUGCAUGUGUAGUCUUUCCAGAGAAGAAAAACGCCAUCUUUUCAGCUACAACUUGCAUGUUUUGGCACGCCGCCUCGUCAAUCAACGGUUCCCCGAUAGUCCAUUGGACUUGGCCCUACCCGAGCAAAAACCCGCCAAAUGA